AUGAACCGUAAGAAGCUGCAGAAGUUGACGGACACCUUGACUAAAAAUUGCAAGCACUUCAAUAAAUUUGAAGUGAACUGUCUUAUAAAUCUUUUUUAUAAUUUGGUGGGAGAAGUAACAGAGCGGCAAGGUAUCACCAUUGGGCUAGAUCGUAAUGCAUUUCGAAAUAUCCUGCAUAUGACAUUUGGAAUGACAGAUGACAUGAUUAUGGACAGAGUAUUCCGAGGUUUUGAUAAAGACAACGAUGGCUGUGUAAACGUAUCAGAGUGGAUUUAUGGAUUAUCAGUAUUUCUUCGAGGAACUUUGGAAGAAAAAAUGAAAUAUUGCUUUGAAGUGUUUGAUUUGAAUGGUGAUGGAUUCAUUUCAAAGGAGGAAAUGUUCCAUAUGUUGAAGAACAGCCUUCUCAAACAGCCAUCUGAAGAAGACCCUGAUGAAGGAAUUAAAGAUUUGGUUGAAAUAACACUUAAAAAAAAUGGUAAAUAUGGGAAAUUUAGGGACCAUGACCAUGAUGGGAAGCUGUCUUUCUCAGACUAUGAACAAGCUGUGAGAGAAGAGACCCUUCUACUGGAAGCUUUUGGGCCAUGUCUUCCUGAUCCAAAGAGUCAUAUGGAAUUUGAAGCCCAAGUAUUUAAAGAUCCGAAUGAAUUCAAUGAUAUAUGA